AUGGUACUCGACGCAUUGUAUCGCAUAUAUGCGGGGUUUAUCAACCCACCAUCAGCUAGGAAGCGCGAUGAUGUCAUCCGAUUCGGCCUCCUCGGUGCGUCCAACAUCGCUCCUUAUGCCUUGAUUGUUCCAGCAAAAUCGCACUCCGAGGUUUUGGUUGCCGCAGUCGCAGCCAGAGAUCGAUCACGCGCGGAGGCGUAUGCCAAACAACACAAUAUCCCCAUUGUCCAUUCCACAUACGAAGGUCUCCUACAAGACCCAUCGAUCGACGCGAUUUACAUCGCGCUCCCGAAUGGACUUCACUACGAAUGGGCUCUGCGCUCCAUCCGCGCCGGCAAACAUGUACUACUAGAGAAGCCCUCAUGCUCGAAUGCCGAAGAGGCACGCGCCUUAUUCACGCACCCGCUUCUCAAAGCAGAAAAUGCGCCAAUUAUUCUAGAAGCUUUCCACUACCGUUUUCACCCGGCGUGGCAGACUUUCCUUGCGCGCAUACAUACCGACCCAGCGGCGGGCCGGGUGAAAAAUGCCUUUGUCCAGCAAUAUCUUGCUAAGGGCAUAAUAGCGAAAGAUGAUAUCCGGUGGCGUUUCGAUCUUGCCGGCGGCGCAAUGAUGGACUUUGGCACGUAUACGAUGAACUGUCUACGGCAAAUCUUCAAACAAGAGCCCGCUGUGGUGCUUGAGGCAAAAUACCGGGGUCUCUCCACCCCGCUGGCUGGGAUGCCACAGCCUGAUCAAAUCGACCAGGCUAUGACGGCGAGUUAUAAGACCGCCGAUGGCGCUAGGGGUAUGCUUGUUGCUGAUCUGGCUGCAUCUGGCGGUUGGCCGGUACUUCCCGAUUCGUGGACGAGACACUUUCCGAGUAUGAGGUGGCCGAAGUGUGAAGUUGAAUUGGAGGAACGCGUACUGGAUAGCUCGGAAGGACAUGUGCAUACCGUGACGCGGAAUGUGAUCAUGUGGAACCAUAUGGCGCCUAGCAUCUACCAUCGCAUUGAUGUGGAGGACACCCACGCGAUUCGUGUUGGCGAGCAGGUCGUGAAGACGUGGACAGAGUCAAAGCAAGAGAAGGCGUACAAAUGGCCAGUUAGUGACGCGCGAGCUGGUGCUGAGCAGGAGUGGUGGACUACAUAUCGUUAUCAGCUUGAUGAGUUUGUCAACAAGGUCAAAGGACGUGAGGGGUCGGGGGUUUGGGUGGAUGCAGAUGACAGCAUCAAGCAGAUGGAGGCUGUUGAUGAAACCUAUCGCAAAGCUGGGCUUCAGGUGCGACCAACAACCAAGUUCGAAUUGUAA